AUGUUAAACGGAGGGCCGAUUGAUAUCACAGAAGCUCCAUUCGCAGUGAUGAUUCAUGCCACUGAAGCAUUAAGUUCAAUCCACGGACUAGUCUGUGGUGGUUCUAUCAUUGGCAGAAGGUAUAUUCUCACAGCAGCACAUUGUCUUGGACAACUUCUUUCAGAUUAUGAAACAAACUAUGAUUACAAAUGGCUGCGUGUCAUAGCUGGCAUAAACGGUCAUCAGUGCGGUGUGAGGACAUAUGAGAUACUGUACGCAUAUAUCCAUCCGGACUACACAGGCCAACUUGAUGAUGCAGUCAAUAACAGAGCGGAUAUUGCAGUUUUGAAGGUAUGCAAAUGUACGGACGAAGAGAGCCUUAAGGACAGAAUAAUUUACCGUUCGACGCAGAGCCGGAUUGAGUUAACGAAUUACGAGCCACCGAAUCGGGCUGAAGGUGUCAUUUACGGCUGGGGAGAGACGGAAAUUAACGCGACAUCUCCGUCUAGUACAUUGCAGAAAUCAGUACAGACAGUGUACAAGUAUGAGGUUUGUAAAAACCUAGAUCCUCAUUUUGGGUACGUUGCGGAUGAGAUGUGCAUGCAGGGGAAUCCAGGAACAUCCUCGUGCUAUGGUGAUAGUGGUGGUCCUCUUGUGGUGGACGGAAAAAUUGUUGGGAUUAUGUCCAACGCAUAUGAAUGCGGAAACCCUGAACCUGCUGCCGUUACCAACGUUGCUUAUUAUAAGCCAUGGAUUGAAGAUAUUAUAAGGGGAAUAGCAGGUUUUAAAACGCUACCAUUCCUAGUAAGAACUGGGAAUGCCCCUCCCAGUAAUGCCGAGAGUCAGUGA